UUUUCAGCAGAUGCGGACUCGCGGCAUGCGAAUGGUACGCCACAUAGAUCGCUUGAACCUGGCUCCAACAAAGAACGUUUAAGGCCUUAUGACGAUUAUGAGGAGGAAGAGGAAUCUGAACGUUGGAAUAGCGAAAAGUCAUGGAGGGAAGCAGUGGCAGUCCGGGAUGAGAUAGUGUCCUACAAAACGCUUGGAGACAAAAUAAUAAAAUUUGUUUCUGAGAGAGGACCUCAAGAUGUUGAUAAAAUUCCUGAAUUUCUGCGGGAUGAAUUCGGCAGUGUCAUCAAGGCAACCAGUUUUAAAGAAGGAAGUUGGUUAAAUCUUGUCAAGGCACUUAUCAGGAGAGGCAGCCAUUCUAAUUUGCGCCUCAACGGCAAUAAAAUUGGUUUAAGAGAGCAUUUUGAUGAAUUUGUUCCGAGAGAUCACCAGCGCGAUGAAAAUUAUGAUUUGAUUGCUCAAGAAGUCCAUAACCUCCUUCUAUCGGCUCCGGGCUACAAACUUCCGAUACAAGAGAUCCUUGACCGUCACGUAGUCAGUUCGCUUUCUUCCCUUCUGGUAAUACAGAAUGUUUAUAAAGGAAUAUUUGAGUGGGACAUUUCAAACGGGACUCUUUUUUGUUUAAAACCUGGCGCCUUCUUCAAGAAGAAGUUUGAAGACGAUGCUUCAAGUUUUCGUUCUGGUUCGCUGCGAAACAGAUCAGGUGAAGUUCCGCAGAUCGAACUUUGUGACCUUUGGAUGGAGAGGACUGGUGGAGAAAAUUUUUUUUUUGGGGUAUCAUUUGUGCUAAAAGAACCUUGCUUAAAGAGGAAACGAGAGUUCUUCCAGUAUGAAAUUGACCAAUUUUAUUCUGAGCGGUGGAGUGACCCCGUGUACGAAAUUGACAGUUUUGAAGAGGGGUUGUGCUGCAUUAUAUUUGAAAACUGUCCCAAUCAUGGAAAACAUUACUAUCGGGCUAGAGUGCUUCGCUUGAAAGGCGCAAAAUUAGUUGUUUCACUUAUCGAUUAUUCAAAAAUUCUGUCCUUCGUUCAUCGGGAAAACGCUCGAAAAAUGGAGGAAGAAUUUUUGAAAGUGGCUUCUUUUGGAGUCGACAUUACUACAGAGGAAUUUGUCAUUGUACCCAAUAAAAUGGAGGAAAUUGAGAAGACGUUCUUUGACCUUCGCUACUUAUUUCUGAGUACGGUAGAAUCGGUCUACGCAAAAAUUAAUUUCAAGCAGAAUACAGAGACAUAUGAAUUGUCAGAAGUUUUCAUCGACCAGUACUUUUCGGUUCCAUCUUUUUUUAUCAACAAGGGUUUGAUUGAAUGUAACUCAAAUUAA